ACUAUAACAGCGACUGGCACGGACGAGCGGUGCUCAGUUCUUUGAGGGUAGUUAGUUGGACAACGGCGUUGCCGAAAACGGGCCACCUCAGCUGCCGCACAAUACAUUUUUGGUUGCAGCGUGAUCCUGUGUCCGUGUGUGAGUGCGUGUGUGUCAGUGAGCCGAGCAAAUUGUUGCGGCUCUGAAAACCGGAAACGGAAGUCAAGAAUAGGAGGAGACGAGGUGCCAGAACCGGUGGAAAAGCCGGAGCCGGUGCAGGAUCCGGAGGAGAAGAAGGAGAAGGCGAGGAAGGAAGGAGGAGGCGGAGAUAGGAGGAUAGAUUAGAAAAUUUCAUUUUCCCGCAGUUCGUAAACGAAAAUCAUUCAAAAUUCAUCGUCUAAGCAAAGCGGAUGCCGCAAAAAAGAUAGAGAGCAAAGAAAGAGUUUCAGUCGUUAAUAGAUCAAUCAAUCAAUCUAUCAAUCAAUCAAUCAAAAACCGUGUGCAUAUCAACCGAAGAAGCCAACACUGAGAACCAAGAAUCAAAGUUGAAAGUUGCAUUUAAGCGAACACACCGGAGACGACACAUUUCGUCACUAAAAAAAAAAAUUAUCUCUCAAACUCAGACUCGGGGACUCUUUUUAUUGGCUGGUGAUUGCAUGCCGCGGAUGAGCCGCGGAUUAUGUCACGUGACGAAUAUAAUCCAGUAACUAGCUCUGGUGUGCGCAGUCCGGGUCGCGUGCGGCGGCUCCAGGAAUUGCCGACGGUCGAUCGAUCCCCAUCCCGGGACUACGGCGCACGCGGAAGUCCUUUAGCAAUGGGCAGUCCAUACUACCGCGACAUGGAUGAGCCAACAAGUCCUGCCGGAGCGGGUCACCAUCGCAGUCGGAGUGCCAGCAGACCACCGAUGGCCCAUGCCAUGGACUAUCCAAGAACCCGCUACCAAUCGCUGGAUCGCGGAGGACUCGUCGAUCCCCAUGAUCGCGAGUUCAUACCCAUCCGGGAACCUCGCGAUCGCUCCCGGGACAGAUCCCUCGAACGAGGCCUGUACCUAGAGGACGAGCUAUAUGGAAGAUCAGCACGCCAGAGUCCCAGCGCCAUGGGUGGCUAUAAUACGGGCAUGGGUCCCACCUCGGAUCGAGCCUACCUGGGCGAUCUGCAGCACCAGAACACCGAUCUGCAGCGGGAGCUGGGCAACCUCAAGCGGGAACUGGAGCUGACCAACCAGAAGCUGGGCAGCUCGAUGCACAGCAUCAAGACCUUCUGGUCGCCGGAGCUGAAGAAGGAGCGGGCUCUCCGCAAGGAGGAGAGCGCCAAGUACAGUCUGAUCAACGAUCAGUUGAAGUUGCUCAGCACGGAGAACCAGAAACAAGCCAUGUUGGUGCGUCAGUUGGAGGAGGAGCUGCGCCUGCGAAUGCGGCAACCCAACCUGGAGAUGCAGCAACAAAUGGAGGCCAUCUAUGCGGAGAACGACCACCUGCAGCGGGAGAUCAGUAUCCUGCGGGAGACGAUCAAGGAUCUGGAGUGCCGGGUGGAGACCCAAAAGCAGACGCUAAUCGCCCGCGAUGAGAGCAUUAAGAAGCUACUGGAAAUGUUGCAAGCCAAGGGCAUGGGUAAAGAGGAGGAGCGCCAGAUGUUCCAACAAAUGCAAGCAAUGGCCCAGAAACAGAUGUACAAUAACUACGCGGGCGCCAGCGGUACGAGUCCUCCAUUGCCGGAUAUUAUUGGCCAGUAUUACGGCCCUGGACUGGGGCCGGGCAGUUUGCCGUACGGCUCGGGAAAUGGUUACGGACCCACCGCAUCCGGGUACGAUCUGUACGGGCCCACCACCUCCGCCGGCUACGGCGGUCUGUAUGAUCCCACAGCGGCCCAGAUCUACGGCCCAGCUCAGACCUCGCCGAUCCGGAGACGGCGCUACAGCAUUGCCGGCCUGCCCUCGGCCACGAUGUACAACGAUGUGUACGGCUAUCCUGCUCCGCCACUGCACCAGACCAGCUCCUCCAACAUUGUCAAUUUGCUGAACGAGGCCCACAAGUCGAUAUCGCGCAGCAGCCAGAUCCUCAAUCUCACCAAUCAGGCCCGCCAGUUGGGCCAGCUGGUGACCACGCCUCUGGGUGGUAUGGGUCGGGUGGUGUCCAGCUACCCAACACUGCAUCCGGGGGAUACCUCGCCGCCGUAUCUAAACGACAAUCUGCUGCAAAUGUCCACGAGCUUCUCCUCGCAACCAAAUAUGUACUUCCAGCCGCAGGCCCAGGUGCCGCAGCAAGUGCCACAGACGGUCCUGCCCACGCAGCUGACGGCGGCCCAGAGUGCCGCGGCGGCAGCGGCCCGGCUGAGACCCGCCUACUCCGUAACGAACCUGGUGUCCAGUUACCCCACCGCGGGGGGUUACGGGGCCUACAAGUACGGAGCGAUGGGCAGUGGGUAUGGGAAUCCGUACCAGAGUGACCUGGGGGUCACGUCCGGGUAUGGGAAUCCGCUGGCACCCUUCCAGCAGCGCCAGUUGAUGGCCCACUCGCUGCACGCCUCGAAUCCCGCCAUUUCACAGUACUACCAAAAUCACGGACUCGGAACCGGAAUGGGAGGAGGAGUCGGAGCCGCAGCACUGGCGUACAACCUGCAGCAACAGUUUGCCGGAACGCAACACUACGGGGGAAGCGCACCGCUAGGACACUCGCACAUCCAGGCAUCGGUGCAGCAACAGAUGCAUCCCCAGUACCAGUACCAUGUACAUCAGCACCAGAAUCACCUGCAGACCCAUCCACUGGCGGCGCUGGCCAAUACGAGCGGACCGUUCGGUGGGACGCUGGCCAGCAGUGCCAGGGAUUAUGCCGAUGGACUGGUCGGCGGUCAUCAUUCGGGUCACUCGCAUACGCAUCCGCAUUCGCAUACGCAUCCGCACUCGCAUCCGCACCACUCCACGCAUCAUACACACCAUACGGCCUAUCCGCAUUCGCAUCCGCACCACGGGCCGCACCAGCAGCCGCAUCAACAGCAGCCAUCAGCCCAUCCAAGUCACCAUCACCACCAUCUGCCAUACUCGAAACUAGACUUAGAUUACCCGAAACUGCCGCAAGAGCAUAAGCGACAACUGGACGAAUUCCGUCUUGAAAUACAGAGAAGGGAUCAAGAGAUCCUGGCGAUGGCGGCCAAAAUGAAAACACUCGAGGAGCAGCAUCAGGACUACCAGCGGCACAUAGCGGUGCUCAAGGAGUCGCUAUGUGCCAAAGAGGAGCACUACAACAUGCUGCAGACGGACGUCGAGGAGAUGAGGGCCCGACUCGAGGAGAAGAACCGCCUGAUCGAGAAGAAGACCCAGGGCACUCUGCAGACGGUCCAGGAACGCAAUCGGCUGACCAGCGAGCUAACCGAGCUCAAGGAUCACAUGGACAUCAAGGAUCGCAAGAUCAGUGUGCUCCAGCGAAAGAUCGAGAACCUCGAGGACCUGCUUAAGGAAAAGGACAACCAGGUGGAUAUGGCGCGUGCCCGUCUGUCCGCCAUGCAGGCCCACCACAGCAGCUCUGAGGGGGCACUGACCAGCCUGGAGGAGGCCAUCGGCGACAAGGAGAAGCAGAUGGCCCAGCUGCGUGACCAGCGCGACCGGGCCGAGCACGAGAAGCAGGAGGAGCGAGAUCUGCACGAGCGGGACAUUGCCGACUACAAGAUCAAGCUGCGGGCCGCCGAGAGCGAGGUGGAGAAGCUGCAGACACGCCUGGAGCGGGCCGUCACCGAGCGGGAGCGGCUGGAGAUCAAGCUGGAGGCGUCGCAGAGCGAUCUGGGCAAGUCGAAGGCGGAGCUGGAAAAGGCCACCUGCGAAAUGGGCAGGAGCAGCGCCGACUGGGAGUCGACCAAGCAGCGGAUCGCCAGGCUGGAGCUGGAGAACGAGCGGCUGAAACACGAUCUGGAGCGUUCGCAGAAUGUACAAAAGUUAAUGUUCGAAACGGGCAAGAUAUCGACAACGUUUGGCAGGACCACAAUGACCACGUCCCAGGAGCUGGAUCGGGCCCAGGAGCGUGCCGACAAGGCGUCCGCCGAACUGCGACGGACCCAAGCCGAACUGAGGGUUACACAGGGCGAAACUGAAAAACGUUUUUCGGAUGCGGAACGGGCAAGAGAAGAGGCGGCCGCUUUGCAGGAGAAGCUGGAGAAGAGCCAGGGCGAGGUCUAUCGGCUGAAGGCGAAGCUGGAGAACGCCCAGGGCGAGCAGGAGAGUCUGCGCCAGGAGCUGGAGAAGGCGCAGAGCGGUGUCUCGCGCAUUCACGCCGAUCGCGACCGGGCCUUCUCCGAGGUGGAAAAGAUCAAGGAGGAGAUGGAGCGCACUCAAGCGACGCUGGGCAAGGCGCAGCUGCAGCACGAGAAGCUACAGAACUCGCUGGACAAGGCCCAGAACGAGGUGGACCAUCUGCAGGACAAGCUGGACAAGGCCGGGACCGAAAACCGGCGGCUGGUGCUCGAAAAGGAGAAGCUCACCUACGACUACGACAACCUGCAGUCGCAGCUGGACAAGGCUCUUGGACAGGCGGCCAGGAUGCAGAAGGAGCGCGAAACCCUCACCCUGGAUACGGAUCGGAUUCGCGAGAAGCUGGAGAAGACGCAGAUGCAACUGGCGCGCAUCCAGAAGGAGCGGGAUCAAUUCUCCGACGAACUGGAGACGCUCAAGGAGCGUUCGGAAUCCUCACAGACCCUCCUAAUGAAGGCCGCCCGCGACCGGGAGGCGAUGCAAACGGAUCUGGAGGUCCUCAAGGAGCGAUACGAGAAAUCGCACGCCAUCCAGCAGAAACUUCAGAUGGAACGCGACGAUGCCGUCACCGAGGUGGAGAUCCUCAAGGAGAAGCUGGACAAGGCGCUGUACGCCAGCCAGAAGCUCAUCGACGAGAAGGACACCUCCAACAAGGAGUUCGAGAAGAUGCUGGAGAAGUACGAUCGUGCCCAGAACGAGAUCUAUCGUCUCCAGUCGCGUUGCGACACCGCCGAGGCGGAUCGGGCUCGCCUGGAAGUGGAGGCAGAGCGAUCUGGACUGGCCGCCAGCAAGGCACGUGAGGAUCUGCGCAAACUGCAGGACGAGAGCACACGGCUGCAGGAGGCAUGCGAUCGGGCGGCGCUCCAGCUCAGCCGCGCCAAGGAGUGCGAGGAUAAUGCGCGCAGCGAGCUGGAACACAGUCGCGAUCGCUUCGACAAACUCCAAACGGACAUCCGGCGGUCCCAGGGCGAGAAGGAGCACUUCCAGUCCGAGCUGGAACGGGUCACCUACGAACUGGAGCGGGCCCAUGCCGCCCAGACCAAGGCGGGCGCCAGCGUGGAAGCGGCCAAGGAGGAGGCCGCCCACUAUGCCGUCGAGCUGGAGAAGAUGCGCGACCGUUACGAGAAGAGCCAGGUGGAGCUGCGCAAGCUUCAGGAUACGGACACCUUUGGACGGGAAACACGCCGCCUCAAGGAGGAGAACGAGCGGCUGCGCGAGAAGCUGGACAAGACCCUGAUGGAACUGGAGACCAUUCGGGGCAAGUCGCAAUACGAAUCCGAGUCGUUCGAGAAGUACAAGGACAAGUACGAGAAGAUCGAGAACGAGGUGCAGAACAUGGAGUCGAAGCUGCACGAGACCAGUUUGCAGCUGGAGCUGUCCAAGGGCGAGGUGGCCAAGCUGCUGGCCAAUCAGGACAAGCAGCGCUCCGAACUGGAGCGGGCACACAUCGAGCGGGAGAAGGCGCGCGACAAGCACGAGAAGCUGCUGAAGGAGGUCGAUCGUUUGCGCCUCCAACAGUCCUCGGUGAGCCCCGGCGAUCCGGUCCGAGCGUCGACGUCCUCCUCUUCCGCUCUGUCCGCCGGCGAGCGGCAGGAGAUCGACCGGCUGCGCGACCGUCUCGAGAAGGCCCUGCAGUCGCGCGACGCCACCGAGCUGGAGGCCGGUCGCUUGGCCAAGGAACUGGAGAAGGCGCAAAUGCAUCUGGCAAAGCAGCAGGAGAAUACCGAGUCGACGCGCAUCGAAUUCGAGCGGAUGGGCGCCGAGCUGGGACGCCUUCACGAUCGUCUCGAGAAAUCGGAGGCCGAGCGGGAGUCACUGCGUCAGUCUGGACGCAACGGUGGUGCUGCCGGUGGUGCCCAUCCCCAGCUGGAAAAGCAUGUCCAGAAACUGGAGUCCGAUGUCAAGCAGCUGGUCAUGGAGCGAGAGCAGCUGGUGCUGCAGCUGGAGAAGAGUCAGGAGAUUCUCAUGAACUUCCAGAAGGAGCUCCAGAACGCCGAGGCCGAGCUGCAGAAGACACGCGAAGAGAAUCGCAAACUGCGCAACGGCCACCAGGUGCCGCCAACUCCCGCCGCCCCAGCCGGCGCCUCUCCCGCCGAGAUCCAGGCCAUGCAGAAGGAGAUCCAGGCCCUGCAGCAGAAGCUCCAGGAAUCGGAGCGUGCCCUGGCCGCUGCCGGUCCGUCCCAGCAGCCAGCUGCGGCGGCCGGAGCGAGCAAGGAGGAGAUCGAUCAGUGGCGCAAGAUCAUCGAGCAGGAGAAGGCCAGGGCCGACAUGGCCGACAAGGCUGCCCAGGAGAUGCACAAGCGCAUUCAGCUCAUGGAUCAGCACAUCAAGGACCAGCAUGCCCAGAUGCAGAAGAUGCAACAGCAAAUGCAGCAGCAGGCGCAGCAGAUUGCCCAGCAGCAGCAGCAGCAGCAACAGCAGCAAGCUGCGGCGCCCAGCGCCGGCGGAGCCGAUCCCAAGGAGCUGGAAAAGGUCAAGGGAGAACUGCAGGCGGCCUGCACCGAGCGAGAUCGCUUCCAACAGCAACUGGAGCUUCUGGUUCAGGAACUGGAAAAGAGUCAGAUGUCCAACAAGGAGCAAGCCAAGCAGCUACAAACAUCGCAGCAACAAGUGCAACAACUGCAACAGCAAGUGCAACAACUGCAACAGCAGAUGCAGCAACUGCAACAGGCGGCCAGUGCGGGUGCUGGAGCCACCGAUGUGCAACGCCAGCAGCUGGAGCAGCAACAGAAGCAGCUGGAGGAGGUCCGGAAGCAGAUCGACAACCAGGCCAAGGCCACCGAGGGCGAGCGGAAGAUCAUCGACGAGCAGCGGAAGCAGAUCGAUGCCAAGCGCAAGGACAUCGAGGAGAAGGAGAAGAAGAUGGCCGACUUCGAUGUCCAGCUGCGGAAGCGCAAGGAGCAGAUGGACCAGCUGGAGAAGUCCCUCCAGACGCAAGGUGGCGGCGCAGCAGCAGCCGGAGAGCUCAACAAGAAACUCAUGGAUACGCAGCGCCAGCUGGAAGCUUGCGUCAAGGAGCUGCAAAACACAAAGGAGGAGCACAAGAAGGCGGCAACCGAGACGGAGCGCUUGCUGCAAUUGGUACAAAUGUCGCAGGAGGAGCAGAACGCCAAGGAGAAGACCAUCAUGGAUUUGCAACAAGCCUUAAAGAUCGCUCAAGCCAAAGUCAAACAAGCACAAACGCAACAACAGCAGCAACAGGAUGCUGGGCCAGCUGGCUUCUUGAAGAGCUUUUUCUAAACAGUGCCCACAAGAAAACCAACACCAAAAACAACAACCACACACACAUCAGCAAAUGCAGAUAUGGCAAAAAGGAUAACACCUGUACUAUUUACCUAAAAAGCAAAAAAAUGAUUACCAAAAAGCACUGUCUAACU